UGUUUUUUUACUCUAGAUGUAGUUUGAACACAUUGUUUUUUUGUACAUUCACAAAAUUGGUAACAAUCAUACAAGCUUAAAUGGCUCCCUGUCUUCAGGGAGCCGCAUAAGAGAUUUUAAAUUUAAGAACGCAUCGUUUGAAGAACUCCUGAAACUAAGCUAUUAUGCAGAAGUAAAUACACUAUCAAAAGGUGCAAAUGGUACAACAUGGAUUAAAGUGUUUCCAUCUGUAGUACCCAUGACAAUUUCUAAAUGCCAGAAUGCAGAAGGUUAUUUUAUUCGUGUAUCAGCUACAAAAGAUCAAGAAGUUUAUGGAAUUGAAAUUAAAUUACCAAUUUCACGAAUGAAAAAGACAUCUGAUUGUUUCUUACAAUGGCGAGACAAGGAAUAUGGUGGUGCAUGGGGUUUAAACUUUGUUUCUGAAAAAGAUAUCAAAAAAUUCUUGAAGAUGUGUGUUAUUCCUUCAGAAGACAGACGAAGAAAAUCGUCUUCUCUAACCAACAUUUCAUCUCUUGCUGACUCAUCAAAAUUUUCAAGCAUAACAGACCUAAGUUCGUCCGCUGGUUCAUCGAAUUUCCCACCGCCAAAGAUAUUCAUAUCUUCAGACCAUUUGGGCGAUAGUGGUAUUGAACGCGAUAAGAAGCCGACUUUACGGAAGCCGUUGAUACCCAAAAGGUCAGAUAGUCAUGAUAGUGGGAAUAGUAAUAGCUUCAGCGUCACCGACGAUUUAGUGCCGACAGGUUUUGACGCUACGGAAUAUGAGUAUCUAACAAAACAGGAAAGUCUAGACGAAAAUGACAAUAUUGACGAUUUAAAUUUAAGUCUUGGCUUGAGUGCUUCUGGUAGGACUCCAUCCAAUGCCAGUUUGUACGUACCAUUGAGCUGUGACGACAGCCAAUCAGGAGUUAGUGAAGAUUUCCAAGACACUAGACCACCGUCAGCUAUUGUAUACAAUCGACAGAUCAUGACAACACGUAAAGCAGCUUGGCUUCUUGUUAAGAACGUUUUAAUUCACUCUAAGAAAGGAAAAGUGGAAGUGGCAUCGCAUCGCAAGUGGAAGAAGUAUUGGGUAGCAUUAAAGGGUAUCGAGAUGUUGUUUUAUCAUGCAGAUGAGAAAACUGUGACUACGGAUGAUUUAGACGAACCUUCGUAUCGACUUGACGUGGAUUGCUCAAUUGUUCAAGCAGUACCUGAAUAUACACGCCUCGAAAAUGUGUUUAGUUUGAGUUCGAAACAUGGCAAUGCUUACUAUCUGCAGGCUACCAGUCAAACAGAAGUCGACAACUGGAUUCACUGCAUUCAUUCCGCUGCUGCUAUGGCAAUGGCACGAAAGAAAGGAUUAGAGAACAUCACUGUCAUGCUGAAACAGGAGAUUGAUCGACUUAACGAGGUUUUGCUGUCUGACGAAAGGUUGAAAAAGAUGGCUAUUCUGCAACUGAAGAUGGAAAAAGAAACACAGAUGAAACAUAGCAUUACUGAACAGAUUUUAUCGUGGGAACAUAGCUUAGAAUUCCAAAACGCGACAUUAUUUCGACUUCGUUGUUAUUUGAGUGCAGUUGAAGGUUCUUCAAACCCGAAUCCUCAAGACUUACUCAUGCAUAUUUCGCGUGCAACAAAACAUGCUUUGUCAAAAAUAGGAAUAUUCUCUGUGACGUCCUUCCACUCUUUUGUAAAUGCAAGAAAUGCGAUCCUUCCUCCAGCGGAAGAAAAACCAAAAAGAGGAAGAGCAAGGUCUUCUGGAUUAAAAGCAAGACUUUUCAGUUCUUUAAAAAUUGCUGAUGAUAACGUGGUCUCUGCUAUAAGAAGCCGACACUCACCAAAGAUAAGACAUAAAAAAGCCUCCUCGAAUGACAGUAGUGACGUAGAAAGCAACUCAUCAUCGUCGAAAAGCGGACAGAAGCUUCAUGGUCGUAUUGGAAAUAAACUUCAUGUCCAACUCCCUAGUGGAAACACGACUGUCAUACCAUACGAAAGCAACCUAAAGAUAUCUGAUUUAAUGGAACGCGUGUGUAUGAAGGAAAAACUCGAUUCUUCAGAUUUUUUUAUCAUGUUGAUGGUGGAUGAUAAUAAUCACCACGGACUGUUGGACUACACAAUACCGAAAGAAAAAGCUGUGCUCGAAUUAUUUCAGUAUUCUAGUAUAAAACUGUGCGCAAAAUUUGUUUUUGAUGUAACAUUGAGUGAUCCUGCUGAUUAUGAGCACGGGGCGUUCGGUUUGGAGCUUCAACAAACGCUUGACGAACGAAUUGUUGUCACAUUCGUAGAAGAGGGAAGCCCAGCAAGAAAGUUGGGAAUAUUAGUUGAUGAUGAAGUCAUCGAAAUAAAUGGACAAAAUUUACGCGAUAUGAGUAACAGUUUUAAUGACAUAAAAGAAGUGUUGAACACCUCGUCAUCCAUCGCAAUGAAACUUCGAUCAAAACGCGUUGACGACCCGAAAAAAACUUUUCAAACGACUGAUAAUAUGAUCAGCUUUCUUGUUUGUCCACCACCACCCAAAACAAUGCAACCAGAUUUAUCCGACGACAUCUUGAGUUCUUUGAUAGUUCCUGCUCCAACAGAUUUUGAUGAAGACGGAGGAAGCAUAGUAACUACUCGUUCGUAUGAUCACAACAAAACAACUCGUGAAGCGAAAGUUGGAGAUAUCGACAAUUUUUUGCAACAAACUGAGAAAGUGAAUAUGAUGACCCGCGAAAUGAACGCAGUCGUGUCGGAAAAACCUGCAGUACCAGCCAAAAUGAAACCUGGUGUCAAACUCAAGAAAGCUAUUAUUGAACUGCUGGAAACUGAAAAAACAUAUGUGAAGAAUUUGAAGAUAUUGUUAGAAAGAUAUUUAAUUCCUUUGAAAGAAGAAAAUUUUCUGUCUAAGGACGAGGCCGAAUUACUGGUAACAAAUGUUCGAGAAAUUUAUGAUUUUCAAAUGACGUUUUUUGAUCGACUCAAGGAAAUCGUGCGCAGCGAGAAGGGAUUUGAUAAAUUCAGCAAUGCUAACGAGUUUCAGAAUGUAUUGUAUCUGAUUGGCGAAACGUUUUUGGAGUAUGUGCACAAAUUCAAAUUGUACAGUACCUUUUGUUCCUGCCACUCAAGAGCUGUCAAACUGUUAGAACUAAAUACAAAUGAAGAUUUGAAAGCAUUCUUAAUCGCCAGAAAUCCAAAACAACAACACACUGGAACAUUGGAAUCGUAUUUAAUCACACCAAUCCAGAGAAUCCUCCGCUAUCCUUUGUUGAUGAAAUCAAUGAUGAAACUUAUGGUGACAGACAGUGAUGAAUACCAGUGUCUCCACGGCGCUUUAAAAAGUGUGGAAAAGGUUGCAGAUUACAUAAAUGAGAUGCAACGAAUAAGUGAGACAUAUACACCUAUCUUUCAAGAAAUGUGUGAAGAAUACAUUUGGAUGGAGAAAGCAGACAUGGGCGUUGAUAAUCUUCUUCAUUAUGGUCGUGUACAGUGGCUGAAUGGCGUUGAAAGUUUAUGUAAAAGAAACAGUUACACAGGAAAACAAGAUGAUGCAGAGAAUCUAACAAUAUUUAUUUUUAAGAAAGCUGUUGUACUGUUAUCCUACGAUCCAAAACUUCGAAAAAAAAUGUCGCCGAACAGUUCUAUGAAUUUAAAAACAAAAGCAGAGAUCAAAUUUCACGUGCUCGUUCCUCUUUCUAAUUUACUCUUACGAGAUCACGCCUGGUCAGAGAAUGAUACUGACCAGGUAUGGGAAAUAGUCGACGCUAGCAUGGAAGAUGAAGAAUCACAAACGGUGUACAAAUUUGUCAACAGGACUGGAGAGGAGAAGAAAGUAUUUGUAAACGCUAUCAAAGAAGCAAAAAAGAUCAACAAAUUUUCAAACUCGUUUCCUGUACUUGCUAGCAAUAAACAUGUCGAUAAAAACAGAUUAAAACUAUCCACUAGUCAUUCAAGUAAACUUUCUUCAACGUCGAAUAAUGACUCAACUGAAGAUAUUAAAUCCGGUGCAAACUGUGGAACCGGUGUCAAAAAGAGAUUAAGUUUCAGUAAGAAAGAUAAGCCAUCAAGAUAUUCAUCCGGUAUACCGAGUCCGAAACCUUUUAAGAAACUUUCACACCGGAUACUUGGGAAAUGAAUUCUUUAAGCAGCGAAUGUGCAACUUAGAAUAUUUCUGAAGCUUUGAAAUGUGUGCUUUUUUCUGAUAAAUUGAUUGAUUUACUAUUUUUAUACGAUAGGUGAAGAGAGACUUUUUUUGAUACAUAUUUUAUACUGUAAUCUUCUUGCAGGCUAAUUCUCAUUCCACUAAUCUUUUAAUUUUCUCACUUCGUGAAUUUUAACAUGACUUAUUUUUUCUUUUUAAUUAGACCUGUCUAAUUAACCAUGAGGAGGGCGGUCAUUCUUAUGUGUGAUUGAAAAUUGCAAUCAAGAUAGUACGAUAAACAGAAUUGGUGCGUUUAUUUUUUUGUUAUUGUACAUAACCGUGACAUAACUUAUUUUUAUUUGUAUAUUGUCAUCUUUAAUAUAUUUGUAAACAUGCA